CAGAAGUCAGAAGCGCACGAUCGCGCGCGAGCGCUUGAAAGGAGUGAUACAUGAUUCAACACACACACACACACACACACACACACACACACACACACACACAGACACACAAGAAGAAGGAUUUGGACCGAUUCCUACAAGUUGGGUUGAAUAGCUACCCGGCGAUUAUUAUAGGCGUGUAGUUGUUAUUUUUUGGGUAACUUAGAGAGAGAGAGAGAGAGAGAGAGAGAGAGAGAGAUCUCCACAUGGAUUGGUGAGAGCACUUGGUCCAGGACGCACAGGAGAUCCGCGCACAGAGCUUUGGAGUGUCCGGGCGGAGUUUUCUUUUGGAGCGCCUUUCUCUCCACCGCCUCCUCCGACACGGAGAACCUCCAGCUCCGGCUGAGCGACUCCACAGAUCCGGACAGAAAUCCGACAUGUAGCGGGGACGAGCUGCACUUUUUCCUCCACUGCAUAUAAGCGCAAAGUUUGAUUCGGGACGCACCGGAAAGACGCGCACAGCUCGGGGUGAACUUUUGGACAUCAUGAAAGCGGAUUGUUGAUCUCCAUCAGGAACAGCCGUGAUUAAUUAGAGGAAGAAAAGAAAGAUACAAGGACCAAGCCGGGUUUUUCUUUUCUUCUCUCUUUUUUUUUUUUUUACAAAAUUAGGAUGAUGAUAUUAUGCCACAUGUGCAGCAGCAGCAGCAGCGCAUCAAUGAUCAGGAAUUCUGGAACAAAUUCCCAAAGAAAACCUGGAAUGAUGGCAUACUGUAUAGGAAUUUACAUGAUACUGGGAUUACUGCAGCUCUGCUCAGGAUCUCGUCUCCGCCAGGAGGACUAUCCACCGCGGAUUGUGGAGCACCCAUCAGACCUGAUCGUGUCGAAGGGCGAGCCGGCUACGCUGAACUGUAAGGCCGAGGGCCGUCCAGCACCCACUGUCGAGUGGUAUAAAGACGGUGAGCGCGUGGAGACGGACAGGGACAACCCACGCUCGCACCGUAUGCUCCUGCCCAGUGGCUCGCUCUUCUUCCUACGCAUCGUGCACGGCCGCCGCAGCAAACCCGACGACGGCAGCUACGUGUGUGUGGCCAGGAACUACCUGGGGGAGGCGGUCAGCCACAACGCUUCACUGGAAGUAGCUAUCCUGCGUGAUGAUUUUAGACAGAAUCCCGCUGAUGUGAUGGUAGCCGAAGGGGAACCGGCUGUUCUGGAAUGUCAGCCCCCUCGUGGCCACCCAGAGCCCACCAUCUCCUGGAGGAAGGAUGGAGCCAACAUAAACGACCGAGACGAGCGCAUCACGAUCCGAGGUGGAAAGCUGAUGAUCACGAAUGCAAGAAAGAGUGAUGCUGGAAAAUACAUCUGUGUGGGAACCAACAUGGUGGGAGAGCGCGAGAGCGAAAUUGCUGAACUGACUGUUUUAGAGAGGCCCAGCUUCACAAGGAGGCCCACAAGUGUAGUGGUGCUGGCUGACGAGAGCGUGGAGUUUCGCUGCGAAGCCCGUGGAGAUCCGCUUCCCACUGUCCGCUGGAGGAAAGAGGAUGGAGAAUUACCCAAGGGGAGGUACGAAAUCCUUGAAGACCACACGCUAAGCUUGCGACGCGUCACGCCGGCCGACGUGGGUUCCUACAGCUGCCUAGCCGAAAACAUGGUGGGCAAGGCUGAGGCUUCUGCUACGCUGACUGUGCACGUUAUGAGUGUGCCCCCUACGUUUGUCAUUCGGCCCCGGAACCAGGUAGUGGGCGUGGGCCGAACGGUCACAUUUCAGUGCGAGGCGAUGGGCAACCCACAACCGGCCAUAUUUUGGCAGAGAGAAGGAAGCCAGAACCUUCUGUUCUCCUACCAGCCCCCGCAGCCCUCCAGCCGUUUCUCCGUUUCUCAGACGGGCGACCUCACCAUCACAGACGUUCAGCGUGCCGAUGGAGGACAAUACAGCUGUCAGGCACUCAACAUCGCCGGCAGCGUCAUCACCAAGGCCCUGCUGGAGGUUACAGAUGUGGUUUCAGAUCGCCCCCCUCCAGUGAUUCGCCAAGGCCCAGAGAACCAGACCAUCGCUGUAGAUGGGACGGUGCUGCUGACAUGCAUAACCACCGGAACUCCUGCACCGACGGUGCUCUGGAGGAAGGACGGGGUGCUGGUGUCCACCCACGACUCACGCAUCUCCCAGCUGGACACCGGAACUCUGCAGAUCCGCUAUGCCAAGCUUAGCGACACUGGAGUGUACACUUGCGUGUCCACCAGUCCCAGUGGGGAAGCAUCAUGGAAAGCAUACCUGGCUGUAGAAGAGUUCGGAGUGGCGGUCCAGCCCGGCAGACCCACAGACCCAAACCUGAUCCCAAGUGCGCCGUCCAAGCCAGAGGUGAUCGACGUUACUCGCACCUCUGUUACACUGACAUGGAAGGCCAACACAAAUGGAGCCACACCCACUUCUUAUGUCAUCGAGGCAUUUAGUCAUGCAUCCGGGAGCAGUUGGGUGACCCUCGCUGACCACGUGAAGUCCGAAACGUUCAUGCUGAAGGGCUUAAAGCCUGGUGCAGUGUAUCUUUUCCUAGUAAGGGCAGCCAAUGCUUAUGGCCUGAGUGACCCCAGUCCCAUAACGGAUGCCAUCCGAACGCAAGACACUCCUCCCACCAUACAGGGAAUGGACCACCGCCAGAUCCAGAAGGAACUGGGGGACGUUGUGGUCCACUUGCACAAUCCCACCAUACUGUCAUCCUCCUCAGUCAGAGUGCAGUGGACGGUGGAGCAGCAGUCUCAGUACAUCCAGGGCUACAGGGUCAUGUAUCGGCCAUCGUCAGAGUCGGGCGAGGCCCGCAGUCAGUGGGGAGUGUUUGAGGUGCGCACUCCCGGCGAGGACGGUGCCGUUGUACCUCAACUCAAGAAGGGUGUCACGUAUGAGUUCAAAGUGCGUCCGUUUUUCGACGAGUUCCAGGGAGCCGACAGCGAGGUGAAGAUGGUCCGGACGCUGGAAGAGGCUCCCAGCGGUGCCCCACGUGGCGUCACUGUCACCAAGAGCGACCCUAACGGGACGGCCAUCCUGGUCGCUUGGCAACCACCUCCAGAGGACGAGCAGAACGGAGUGGUCCAGGAGUACAAGAUUUGGUGCCUGGGCAAUGAGAGUCGAUACCAUGUCAACCGUACCGUAGACGGUUCCACUUUCUCGGUCGUCAUCCCCAGUCUGUCGCCUGGUAUUCGCUACAGCGUGGAGGUUGCUGCCAGCAAUGGAGCUGGACCAGGGGUCAAGAGUGACAUCACCUUCUUUCAGCUGGACUCAUCCGGCCAGAUGUUGGACACUUUCAAUGACCUGGACACUUUUUCCAACAUCUCUGAUGUGGUGAAGCAGCCAGCUUUUAUCGCAGGCAUCGGCGCCACCUGCUGGGUGGUGCUCAUGAUCUUCAGCGUUUGGCUUUACAGGCACAGGAAGAAGAGGAGCGGCCUCAGUAGCAGCUACGCAGGCAUUCGGAAAGUUCCGUCAUUCACCUUCACUCCGACAGUGGCGUAUCAGCGAGGAGGAGAAGCUGUCUGCAGUGCUGGACGGCCUGGUCUACUGAACAUGGGAGAUUCAGGUAACCAGCCGUGGCUCGCUGACUCCUGGCCCAACACCUGUGCAAAUCACAAGGACUGCAGCAUCAACUGCUGUAACGGUGGCAACGGAACCAGCGACAGCAACCUAACCACCUACAGCCGCCCAGCCGAUUGCAUUGCUAACUAUAACAGCCAACUGGACAGUAAGCAAGGAGUGCUGCUCGGCUCCGACUCAGCUGUAUACAGCGAUGUAGAUCUCUCCAACAAACUCAACGAGAUGAAGACCUUUAACAACCCCAGCAUGUGCUACAUGGGGCCCGGAGGCAGCCCACCGACACCAUAUGAGCCCACUCCUUAUGCAACCACACAGCUCAUCCAAUCAAACAUCAUGAACAAGAACAGUGGUGCAGGACCCGGCGACUUCUGUGACAAACGCUGGAAGCCCCAGCAACCGAAACCCCCGGAGCUGCCGUCACAGUUACAGUUUAAUGUUAUGGAGCAAAACAGGCUGAACAAGGAUCAUUACAGAGGGGGUGAGGUCAGUCUGCCAGCCACCAUUCCCUAUAACCAAGGAAAUGAGCACAGCUCUGCAGGGUCCUACCACAGCUCCGAUAGAGCCAGCAACAGCACCUCAGGGAGUCAAAAUCAUAAAAAAGGAACUCGCACACCGAAACUGUCGAAACAGAGUGCAGUGAAUUGGGCCGAGCCGCUGCCCCCACCUCCUAUCAACCCCCCUGGCUGCCGCAGUUCUGAGGACUACCUGCAGCCCAUGGAUAAGAGCUUCGACCCAGACCCCCAGAAAAUUCAGAGCCGCAUGUACCUCCACCAAGGGGAAACAGAAGAAGAAGAAGAAGAGCAGGAGAACCUCGUUCGAUGCCCCACUCCACCUGUUAGAGGGGCAGCCUCUUCCCCUUUGGGAAUAUCCUACAGCCACCAGCCUACCGUCACGCUCACUUCUUCUCCUCAGGGAGACCUAAACAACCACCAGGAAGAUCGCAGACAGCACACGAGCCCCCCUCGUCCACUCCCGGCCCUCUCGCCCUCGCACACCUACACCUAUACUGAUGGCGAUGAUGAAGAUUGUGAUCAAACAGAUGGUGAGUCAGGCCAGAGACUGUACCAGCAAAACCCAGGAUCCCACUAUCAGGCUCAGCAGCAGGUCCAUCUGCCACGUCGCCUGCGUCUGCACAGGGGCCUGGAACAGACUCCGGCCUCCAGUACGGGAGACCUGGAGAGCUCCGUCACGGGGUCAAUGAUCAAUGGCUGGGGCUCGGCAUCCGAGGAGGACAACGGCUCAUCCGGCCGCUCUAGUGCCAUCAGCUCCUCCGAUGGAUCCUUUUUCACUGAUGCUGAUUUUGCCCAAGCUGUAGCCACAGCGGCUGAGUAUGCUGGUCUGCGAGUGGCUCAUUAUCCAGGGGCAGGGCCCGAAGAUAUUGGAAGAGGAGGUCAAAGAUACCACAUUGGCCAUCGUCCCAGUAGCCCAGUGUCCACAGACAGCAACAUGAGCACUGCAGUGAUGCAGAGGAAACCACACAAAAGGCACAAGCAGCAUGCAGCUGGUCACCAGAGCCAACAACAGCAGCAACAGCAAACAGACGAAUUUACAGAUGACCAAUCAAUGCCUCUGAGCCCCUGCUCGGUUGCAAUGAAGACCACUAAUCAUGGUUCCAGGUGUGGAUAUGAGGAGAGGGGUGCAACAUUGCCCAGAAUGGGCUGUGGAGAGUCCAGAGACAGGCGAGGAAGUGCAGGGGGAUACCGGACAAGAGAGGCCUCGGCCGAGCGACGAGGAGAGCCUGACAAACACCGGAACACACACGGUGGAAAAGGUGCUGGCAAAACACGCCAACACACAGUUGCAGAGGACAUUCCGCCAUACAACCGGCCAUCAUUCCCCACAGCACAGGGGCAAAGAGAGACCCCCAGCUCCUCUAGUUCAAUUUCUUCCCGGGGCUCUGGGGGCCGCAGGCGAGGGGAAGCAGCGUUAGGAGCCCAUAAAAACCAUAAUGAUACCGGACUCCCAAGUCUGGGGACCUUUUCUCACCAGGAAGAAGAGUUAGAGCUGCUGGAGAGUUGAGGAUCCAGUCAAGAUGAGAAAAAGGAUCUCUGAGUGGGAGAAUCAUCUUCGAACUGUGCACCAUCCACGAUCCAGACCAUGUAUAAUCAUUCACAAUUAUGUAAAUGAUCUGUUCUGUCCUUAUAGGCAAAAAAAUGACCAAUGGUUAGUGCUUUCUUUUUAUUUUUUUUUUAUCUGCUUCAAUAUUUAAUCUUUUCCAUGUGAGAAAGAGGGAAAACUGGGUGCUCUCAUGUUUCUUUUUUAAGUAGGUGAUUCUUUCCGCUUUAAAGCCCCAUUGACUGGUGUACAUUUGUGGAAAGGUGUGAUGUUCCCACCCGUCUGGAGCAUUGUUUUUAUAAUCUGCUGGUGUGAGUGUAAUAGAAGCUGCGAGUGGGAGCAGUGGGCCGUCAGCAGUGCGAAGAGGGGGCUCUUUACUCAUACUGUGAUACAGUACUUUGACGGGGUCUUUCCUCCCACUGCUCUCCAAGCGUAUUUUCUGAUCACGGAAACUCGGGCAUGAGGGUCGCGAUUGUAAAUUUACCAAAUCAUUGAAAAAAAGUGCUGCCAUUCGAUUUUCUUUUUCUGUUUAUUUUUGUAUUUUUUUUGUUUUUUACAAUGCACUGUUGUCAUUUUGUUAGUUGAUGUCGUUAUUGUUAAUGUAUGUUGGUUUCAAAAGCACAAUCACUAAACCUUUAUUUUGUAAACCAUUAUUAGCUAUGAAGCUCUCCACCUAAUAUGAGGAGGGACAUAAGUGGCAUCUUGUCGAGCGUCAUGUUUUUUUUUUUUAAAAAGAUGGGGUUAAUCGCUUUGUUUUAUUUCGCGGGAACUCUCUACACUUUGGGUCUCGCGCAAGCUGUGCAAAUCAUGACACGAGGUGGUAUCAGAAAGUUUUGAGACUACUUUUGUAACAUGCCAACAGAUGGCAGCACAAGGCUGCACGCACAGUCACAGGGGACACCGACCUUCAUAAGUCAGAGCGCCAAAAGACAUCAUCCUGUGUGCAUCGGGAGCUGUGCGACCGGUGCUAUUCUGGCCAAAUGUAUUCCCAAGUCUGAUAUUUCAUCAUGGACACCGAGCUAGAACACCACCCCCACUUGAGUUUCUCGCAAAGCAAUCUUACUUCUGCACCCACCCUACUCGCCAGAUUUGACUCCUGCAGACUUUUGCCCUCUUCUUGAAGUUAAAGAUGCAGCUCAAAGGUGGCCAUUUUGACACCAUUGCGGAGAUCCUGCACAAAUCGCAGACGGCGCUUGACACGCUUGGAAAAGAAGACUUCCAGGACACAUUCCAGAAGUGGCAGGAACGCUGGGAGCGCAGUAUUGCUGUACAAGGGGAAUAUUUUGAAGGUGACAGUGUGUAAGAUAAUUAAAGUACUUUCUUGUAAACAGAGCGAGUCACGAAACUUUUUGAUUCCACCUCGUAUACCCGAAUAGAGCUAGACCAUCGAGUGGCAAUUUCAUUCCCAUUGAUGACGUUACAUUUGAUGAGACAAAUGCACUUAAACGAGGGUGAAACAAGAAAAUGUGCAAUGGGCAAUAUCUUUCUCUUUUAUUUUUUCAUUUAGAAAGGCUUGAAUUAUUAGAGGCCUGUCCGUUUUGUGUCGAGAAGUGAUGAUCCCAAAACAUGGUGUGCACUGUAAUAAGAAGAAGAAUGUCUGCCACAACCAAACAACAAGCCUUUUUUAAGGGGCUUCAUCUGUCCCUUUAGUGGGCUGAACUCUGUCUAUACUGUAUAGAAGUAAUGUGGACAUUGUCAUGGGAUGGGGAGGGUGGAAAACCAGAUCUAGGGAUUCCUGUGGUAGUGAAAAGCACCGCUGGGCUCACCAAGCACACAGCUGCUUCAGUUUGGUUCGAACCAAUGCUAUUGCAGUACCUUUUUUUUUUUUGAUGAACAAUGUGUGUGAGAAUAUGAUCUCUGGAAAAAAAAAAGAAUUAAUAAUAAUAAUUGUGCUGUCCAUCAUUGUUUGGUGUUUACUAUGUUAAAAAAAUUACAACUGCUUUAAAUUGUCAGCCAUAAGUUUUCAUGACUGAUAAUCUCAUAUUUAGAAUGAAAUAAACCGUGUCAUUUCCCACCUUAUUUAUUAUUAAAACAUUUUCCAAACGCCA